GCGCGAUGAAGGGAGGGGUGCUUGUUGGGGCGGGUUACACCUGCCAGGGCUACGGAGCUGGGCCGGGUGUGGGAGCAUUUCCUCUCCGAGUUACAGCUUUGUAGCCGCUCAAACCAGUGAGGCGUUUUGGUAUAAAACAGGAGUGUCUGUGAGAAAUCCCAUGGAAAGUAGUUUUUUUCCAGUUUCUCAUUACAUAAGGAUUAAUUUAUUGCUCUCUUUGUGAUGGUGCCACUUCUGAAUACUAUAAGGUGAUCAGGCAAAGCUGCACAAAGGUAGAUGCCAGUUUGCAAUGGGUCUUAAAACCUUCUGGAAGGACAACAAAGUUCUGAUUGUUAUGGGAGCUAGCCUGGGGCUAGUACACUGGGGCUGGUAUUACUUGAAGUCCAGUCCUAUUUUCCAAGUGAAGACAGAGGAUUUUUCUCCAGACCGUGAGAUUCUGGCAUUCAUGAUGCAAACUGCUCGCAAAAGUAAAGAAAAAUAGCAUUAGUACUUUGAUUUUUGGGUAUAACUAAGCUUGAAGGUUUCCAUCUGUGCCUGUUGCCAGAAAAGAUGAAGAAAACUUCCUGGGGUAGAAAGAACUUUCUGCUUGUAGCAGGACUGUCACUUAUAGGUGUUCAUAUAGGAAGCAUGCUUGUAAACUUUGUUGCGAAAAAGUCUGCUCUAUCUCAUUCAGAAGCCAGAAGAGAUCGUCCAUAAUGAAAUAGCUUCCUGCUGUCACUAUUUUUCUGUUUUGUAACAUGAUUUAAGCCUCGUUUUAAGAGAGCUGUGAUGAGUAGUUUCAGGAAUGUUAUACUGUUUCGCACUGAAAAUAAUCCUUACCUGCAAAGAAUUAAAAUGUACCACUCCUAAAAUUUAAAAGUGCAAUGAAUUAUAGAUCCAAGUAAAAAUGCCAUGUGUUUUUGGCUAGAAUUAAAAUCUUACCUUCAGAA